AUGACUGAUCUCACAACAGCAGAUUAUUAUGAACAUGAGGUUGACCAGACUUCCACAGAUUACUACAGUGGAGAAUAUGAAGAUGAAAUGUGCGUUAAAACAGAGGUUCAGAAGUUUGGAGCGAUAGUCACAAUCGUGUUCUUCUCUGUGGUGAUCAUUUUCAGUGUGCUUGGGAACAUAUUGAUCCUUAUAAUCCUGGUGAAGUAUGAGAACCUGAAGUCCAUGACCAACGCCUUCCUACUGAACCUAGCCUUGUCUGACCUCAUAUUCACCUUGGGGCUGCCAUUUUGGGCCCGUUACGAAAUCCAAGACUGGAUCUUUGGCAAGACCGCGUGCAAAGCCGUGAGCUUCAUCUUUGACGUCGGCUACUACAGCAGCAUCAUCUUCGUGACCACCAUGACCAUCCAUCGCUAUUUGGCUGUGGUCCACCCCAUGUCCGUGGUCAUUUCUAGAAAGAGCUUCUACCGCGUGGUGAUGUCUUCUGUCAUGUGGGUGGCCAGCUGCCUGGCUGCCACCCCAGCCCUUUUCUUCAAGACCAGCUAUGAAAUUAGUAAUGACAACUCCUUGUACUGCGAGUAUGAAAGCACCGAAUGGAAACUGGUAGAGACUUAUCAGCGAAAUGUUUUUUUCCUCAUUUCUUUUGCGGUCAUAGUUUUUUGCUACACACAGAUCUUUCCCCGACACCUUUGGCCCAAUUCCCAUACCAGACACAAGACCGUGCGGCUCAUCCUCAGUAUUGUGGUGUUCUUCUUUCUGGGCUGGGCACCCUAUAACGUGGCCCUGUUCCUGCAGUCUCUGGUGUUCUGGCAGCUGAAGCCUUUCGGCAACUGUGCCGUCAGCACCACGGUGGACUAUGUAUUUUAUGUGGGUCGCCUGGUGGCCUUCUCCCACUGCUGCCUCAACCCCAUCUUCAUGUUCAAGUUCCGGAACUUGAUUUAAACAAUGAUUGCGUUUA